GGCCCGGUGGGGGCUGGCGUCCUGUGUGUGAAUGGCGAGAGCCGAGAGUACACCUUUUUGGGGUCUCGCCGUUUCCUUCAUUCUCCCCAAAGCCCCGGCCGGUUCAUGCGAAGGCCCCACAGCCUCCAGCACGGCUCCCGCCUCUCUCCCAGGCCGGGAACCGCAGGUUAGGGCUGCACCGAAGGAGCUGUCAGCAGACGGAGCUGGAAGAGGGCACAGCGCCUUGCACAUGUUAGGCCUCUGUACGUUGGAAUAAAUGAGCUGAUGAAUAAAUAAAGCCACGGAGAGCAAUGGCCUUGUUACGAAAAGAAAGAAACGGGGUGAGAGCUUUGUGGUCUUCAAGUUAUCUGGGAACAAAGCAGGCCAAGUUUGGGCACCGGAAGGAUCUACUGCUUUCAAGUGCUUGCUCUCAGCAAGGUUAUGUGCUGCUCUUCUGAGCAACAUCUCUGACUGUGAUGAAACGUUCAACUACUGGGAACCAACACACUACCUCAUCUACGGGAAGGGAUUUCAGACUUGGGAAUAUUCCCCAGUUUAUGCCAUUCGCUCCUAUGCUUACCUGUUGCUUCAUGCGUGGCCAGCUGCAUUUCAUGCAAGAAUUCUACAAACUAAUAAGAUUCUUGUCUUUUACUUUUUACGAUGUCUUCUGGCUUUUGUGAGCUGUAUCUGUGAACUUUACUUUUACAAGGCCGUGUGUAAGAAGUUUGGGUUGCAUGUGAGUCGAAUGAUGCUAGCCUUCUUGGUUCUCAGCACUGGCAUGUUCUGCUCAUCUUCAGCAUUUCUUCCUAGUAGUUUCUGUAUGUAUACUACAUUGAUAGCCAUGACUGGCUGGUAUAUGGACAAAACUUCCAUUGCUGUGCUUGGAGUAGCAGCUGGGGCUAUCAUUGGCUGGCCAUUCAGUGUGGCUCUUGGUUUACCUAUUGCCUUUGACUUGCUGGUCAUGAAACACAGGUGGAAGAGUUUCCUCCAUUGGUCGCUGGUGGCUUUAAUACUCUUUCUGGUGCCUGUGGUGGUCAUCGACAGCUACUAUUAUGGGAAGUUGGUGAUUGCACCACUCAACAUUGUUUUGUAUAAUGUCUUUACUCCACAUGGACCUGAUCUUUAUGGUACAGAACCGUGGCAUUUCUAUUUAAUUAAUGGAUUUCUGAAUUUUAAUGUAGUCUUUGCUUUGGCUCUCCUGGUCUUACCACUGACUUCUCUUAUGGAAUACCUACUGCAGAGAUUUCAUGUUCAGAAUUUAGGCCACCCAUAUUGGCUUACCUUGGCUCCAAUGUAUAUUUGGUUUAUAAUUUUCUUCACCCAGCCUCACAAAGAAGAGCGAUUUCUUUUCCCUGUAUAUCCACUUAUAUGUCUCUGCGGUGCUGUGGCCCUUUCUGCACUUCAGAAAUGCUACCACUUCGUGUUUCAGCGGUACCGCCUAGAGCAUUACACUGUGACCUCAAAUUGGCUGGCGUUAGGAACACUCUUCCUGUUUGGACUCUUAUCCUUUUCUCGCUCUGUGGCCCUGUUCAGAGGGUAUCAUGGGCCCCUUGAUUUGUAUCCAGAAUUUUACCGAAUUGCUACAGACCCAACCAUCCACACUGUCCCAGAAGGCCGACCUGUUAACGUCUGUGUAGGAAAAGAGUGGUAUCGGUUUCCUAGCAGCUUCCUUCUGCCCGAUAAUUGGCAACUUCAAUUCAUUCCAUCAGAGUUCAGGGGGCAGUUACCAAAACCUUUUGCAGAGGGACCACUGGCCACCCGGCUUGUUCCUACUGACAUGAACGACCAGAACCUAGAGGAGCCAUCCAGAUAUAUUGACAUCAGUAAAUGCCAUUAUUUAGUGGAUUUGGACACCAUGAGAGAAACACCCCGGGAGCCAAAAUAUUCAUCUAACAGGGAAGAAUGGGUCAGCCUGGCCUACAGACCGUUCCUUGAUGCUUCCAGAUCUUCAAAGCUGCUGCGGGCAUUUUAUGUCCCUUUCCUGUCAGAUCAGUAUACAGUGUAUGCAAACUACACAAUCCUCAAACCCCGGAAAGCAAAGCAAAUCAGGAAGAAAAGCGGAGGUUAGCAACACGUGUGCCUGUGGUCCCAGCGGACAGCCACCCUGUUCUAGUGGUUCCACUGGCAGGACUCCUUCCCAGUCAUCACUUGUAACGUUGUAAUAAAGGCCUCCUGACACAAA